GAAGUGGCUCAUGUUGUGAUGUCAUGUAUUUUUGUGCACCAGUCAGAGUUUAGCUAUUUUUGAAUGAAAUUAGGCUGUUGAAGGUGGGUUUGGGAAUGUUAUCAGACCACUGUCAAGCAAAUGUGAUGUGUUUUUAAUUGAACUUGUUGCCUAUUUAUCUUUGGAUAUAUAUUGUCACGCAGACUUGGGGGGUCAGAGAGACAGGUUUUCGUGGUCUUUAGUCUAUUUUUACAGCAUAAUUCACAUCACUUCCGGGUUGAAGCUGCGUUCUGUCAUCUUCACAUCUCUGCAGUCCGGUCCACCGGGCUAGGACUGGCAGCGACAUGGCGGAUGUGCAGCAUGUCUGCUCAGAGCCGGGCAGGAGCUGCACAGCGCCGCCCCCAGCGCCUCCGCUUCCCACCCACCACGGCAGCCUGAUGGGAUGCUGGCGGAAUGUGUGAGGCGGGCUCUUUAGGGAGACCCAGGUGUUGGGACCACGUCCGCGGACUGCUAGUUCUUAUCGCUCCAGUUUUAUAACACAUCAGCAUUAGCUGGUGCUGAGCCAUUUUGGACACAGGGAUCGACGGACAGACUGGCGCUAUAUCGCUCUCACCGCUGCUGUGUUCAGAAGCCUAUACGGAAAUAGUUGGAUGGCAGCUCUUUUGCAGAAGUUCACAAUGAAGAGCAGCGUUUUUCUGAUUCUUCUCGCCGUUUUCACCUGUGGACUCCUACAAGCAGACGACAGUGCCUCACACGAGCUGCUGGUGGAGACUUUGGUGAGACCUGAAACUUGCUCUGCACUUUCCAGAAUGGGAGACACGCUGCAAAUCCACUACACGGGUAAACUAAUGGAUGGAAAAGUUAUUGACUCAUCUCUGUCCCGGGACCCUCUUGUUGUUGAGCUGGGGAAGAGGACAGUGAUUCCUGGUCUGGAACAAAGCUUGGUUGGCGUGUGUGAGGGGCAAAAAAUCAAAGCCACUAUUCCCUCUCAUCUUGCAUAUGGGAAAAAAGGUUACCCUCCUACAGUUCCAGGUGAUGCUGCUCUGGAGUUUGAAGUGGAGGUGAUUUCGGUAACACAGCAGACACCAUGGCAGAAAAUGAUCAAUGACGUGUUACCCCUUGUUUGUUUGGCCCUGGUGCCCACUCUACUCGGCUUGGUGGGACUGUACCUCUACAGAAAGGCCAAUGACCAGAAACCCAGCAAAAAGAAAGCAAAGGAUAAGAAGAUCAAGAAGAAAUAAUGACAAGGCACAGAACUAUUUAAAUAAACAUUUUAAAUUG